ACACGGUGGGGGGGGGGUGCAGCCACAUUUGGGAUGGGCCCCUGGAGAGUGGCUGCCUGCUUUGCGCUGGGGUAGCAGGGUCAGCAAUCAUGACGUUGAACUUGAGGACAGGCCUGGCUCGCCCAGACUCGGGCACGUCCCUUGCAGACGGGGAAGAGAUGGGGCUUGUGUGGGGUCUGCAGUGGGGCCUGAGGCACAGUGGCCCUCGCCACUCCCCAGGGCUGGAGGCCGGUCACACCUUGGGAACACAGAGACCCAGGAGGGCAGGUGGGCGUGCGUGUGGCAGGAAGGGGCCCUGGGCAGGCUCUGUGCUCACCCGCAGACUGCCUGCUGAUGCUGGCCUACAAGGACAAGUCCGAGCGGGCCAAGGGCCUGCGGGAACGCAGCAGCCUGAUGCUGGAGGACAUCUGUGGCCUGGACCUCGGCCUGCCUUACGAGGGCCUGGCCCACACGCUGGCCAUCGUCUGCCUGUCGCAGGCCGUCAUGCUGGGCUUCGACAGCCGCGAGGCCGUGUGCGCCUGGGACACCCGGAUCCGCUACGCACUCGGCGAGGUGCACAGGUUCCAUGUGACGGUGGCUCCAGGCACCAAGCUGGAGAGCGGCCCUGCCACCCUCCACCUCUGCAACGAUGUCCUCGUGGUGGCCAGGGACAUUCCUCCGACCGUCACAGGGCAGUGGAAGCUGUCUGACCUGAGGCGCUACGGGGCCGUGCCCAACGGAUUCAUCUUUGAAGGCGGGACCAGGUGUGGGUACUGGGCCGGAGUCUUCUUCCUGUCCUCGGCCGAGGGGGAGCAGAUCAGCUUCCUGUUCGACUGCAUCGUCCGGGGCCUCUCCCCGACCAAGGGCCCCUGCGGGCUGCGGCCGGUCCUCCCAGACCCCGGCCCCGGGGGCCCCGCGGAGGAGCGAGGGGCCCAGGAGGCCCUGGAAGCCCUACAGCUGGAGAAGCGGCUCAGCCUCCUCUCCCACUGCGGCCGGCCGGGCAGUGGAGGGGACGACCGCAGCCUGUCCAGCUCGUCGUCAGAGGCCAGCCACUCGGACGUCAGUGCCAGCAGCCGGCUCACCGCGUGGCCGGAGCAGUCCUCGUCCUCGGCCAGCACAUCGCAGGAGGGGCCGGGGGAGCGGCAGCCGCGCCCCCUGGGCUCCCCGUGCAUCCAGGUAGGCCGGGCUCUGGAACCAGCUCUUACACGUGGGACGAGGGAGGAGAGCACCAUGGUGGCUGCAGUGACAGCCCAGCCAGAAAGCGUCCAGACAGGGCGAUGUGUGGCAGUGGACGGCAGCAGAUGGCACUGGGGAGUGGACAACGGGGACGGAGCACCGGGGCCGGAGGGGCCGAGCAGCGAGGCGCCCGCCUACGUGAACAUCCCCGCCAGCCCCUCCUCCAAGAAGCAGCUGCACUACCUGGGCCUGGAGCUCGGGGAGGCUGGCGCGGGGGUCCGAGGGGCUGGAACCUCCCGCUACGCACAGAUUGACCUCGCGGCCACAGCAGCAGCCCACAGGGCGGGGGCUCAGCACGCACAGGCCCGUGAGGAGCGGCUGGCCGAGCUGGAGCCCAAGAAGAAGGGGACCCUGCGCUGAGGCCCUCCUGGCCGGGCAGCGGUGACGGCGAGCUCGAGGGAGGUGGACCUCCCGGCGGUCAUCUAAGCUGCACCCCGAGGUCUGGGCUCCGGGGUCACGGCCUGCUGCCUGCAGUGUGGUGUGGCUGGUCCCCGAACCCUCCCUGCCUGACCCACGGCGGGAGCUGCCCUGCUCUGGGCCUUCACAAGUCCCUCUGGGCCUCAGGCAGGAGGCAUCUCGGCUGCAGGCGGCCUUGGGACAUACACGGCCCUCCCUUCCCUGAGGUGGCAGCCACCCAAUCGAUGACAGCAAAACACAGGCCUCCAAACCGCUGCCAGCUGGGCCAGGCCUCCCGUGUGCCGAGCAUCCCGCAGCCGUCGCCCCUGGUGGGGCACCGCCAGCCAAGGUGAUGCGGGGGGCUGUCCUGUCCCGCCCUGCAGGUGGCCAGCGUGACCUGACGCUGCUCAUCGCAUCCCUUCUUGGGACCCAUUCAGUUAGUCAAGUGAAUAAUUUAAAAUUGUUAACCUUCUAUUUUUAACAACGCUCAUUAUUUUCCUGAAGGACGAGAUGAGCUUUCUUGUGCUGGGCUGCGGCCCCUGGACACGGCUCGGUCAUUGUGACAUGGGAAGGGGUCCGGGGCCAGGAUCGGCCCGUCCUUGGGGUCUGGGUGGGGGUUUCCAUGUGCUUCUUCUGGCUGGUGCCUGUGGCUCUAGGGAGGACUCAGUGAGCUGGCGUGGAAGUGUGGUCCUAGCCCCGCUGGCCACGGGGUCUGGAUGCUGGGCUCUCUGCCAUCUCCCCGUAGGCCGGGGGCCCCGAAAUGGGUCCUCCCACCCUGGUCUCAGAGGUGAGAUGGGGUCCUCUCUGCUCCAGCCACGGCCCACUCAGACCCAU